ACGAUAAUAUUUUUGCAAUUAUUUAUUGUGCCCAACCAAUCUACCUUUAUCGUCACCUGUUCAAGAUCAAACAAGCAAAGUAGAUGAUGAUCAUGUAGUUGUUGUUGUUGAUGAUGAUCCCUUGCCAAGUUCUACCGCAUUGGUCAUCCUUCCUUUCUCGAAUCGUCUUGUAAUCGCAUCAUUAAUACUCAAGAACAAAAUGAAAAAAAUCUCUGAUUUAGGGAUUUCCUCCCCACCCCCCUAAUUUGGGGAUCUCACAAAUUGCCUAAUUUUUCACCUGUCGGCCUUCGCUUGAUUCCUGUAGUUUGGCCCCCCCAAUCUUCUUGAUUUCGUCCCUCCGAUGUCGAUCUGUUCGGAUUCAACUUGCAAAACCCCCAAUCCUUUGAGUUCUUGAUUUUUUUUUUUUCUUGUUCUUUUUGAUCGAGCAGCAGGAGGGAUAUGGAUCUUUUGGGAAAGGGUUUGUCUCCUGGUGGUGGUUAGGGUUAGGGUUAUCCAUCACCAAGAUCCAGCUUUGCUAGGGUUCUUGGGGUCCUCACCUUUUUGCCUUCUUGUGCUCCUGCAAGGUAACUUGGAAUUCAACAGCUGACCUCCAGUAGAAGAUCGAGGCUGUUUACUCGAGGAUUUGUGAGUUGAUCUACCUGUAAAUGAGUAUGGGAGCAGACUGCAUUGGGACCCUUGUUAAAGACGACCUGGAUGGAAUGUCACAAUUUCCACCAGGUUUUGCACCAAUCGCAUUAUUGAACAUGCAUAAUGCCCAGGAUCUUAAGGCUCCAGCAAAUGCAUCGGAAGCGUUGCAAUAUAUCAUGAGAGAUGACAAAUCAAGUGUCACCUUGCAGAUCUCCCAAGACCUUAAAAAUUCUAGAAAUGCUCCUGAAUUUGUACAAUGCACCACAAAAGAAGAGAAAUCAAGGAAGUCUCUUCGAGAAAGACCAUCUAUAAAUUAUCGCCAGUUUGAUACUAGUUCAGAUGAAGAGUCUGACUAUGAACCUUUUGAAGAGGCCAUCUCUUCAACUCGCCGUCUACCUAAAGGUGUUUUUCGAGGAUGUGCCAAAUGUGAAAAUUGUCAGAAGGUUACUGCAAGAUGGAAGCCACAAGAUGCUCGCAAGCCUGUUCUUGACAAUGCGCCUGUAUUUUAUCCUACUGAAGAGGAGUUUAAAGAUACUAUCAAAUAUAUUGCAACUAUACGCCAAAGUGCAGAGCAGUAUGGAAUAUGCCGAAUAGUUCCACCCUCAUCUUGGAAUCCCACGUGCCUUCUCAAGCAGAAGCAAAUAUGGGGAAAUUCAAAAUUUGCUACCCGAAUCCAACAGGUAGAUAAGCUUCAAAACCGCCUUACAUCAAAGAAGAUGGGCAGAAGUCAUAUCUUUAUGAGGGGAAGAAGAAAGGCCCUGAAAACAGAGAAUACCAAUGAAGAAGAUAAGGCAGAAUCUAAUUGCUGUAACAAUGUUGAGAGGUUUGGAUUUGUACCUGGUCCAGAUUUCACUCUGGAAUCUUUUGAGACAUAUGCAGAUGAGUUCAAGAGACAAUAUUUUAGCAGAAGUGCAGAAUUUGUUUUAGGGUCCUGCCAGCAGGAACCUUCCGUUGAUGAUAUUGAAGGUGAAUAUUGGCGGAUAGUGGAAAGACCAACAGAAGAGAUUGAGGUUCUUUAUGGUGCUGAUGUUGACACUGGAGUUUUCAGUAGUGGCUUUCCCAAAGAGUUAUCCUCUGCGAAGGUACCAACACUAGAGGAUCAGUAUAUGAGUUCGGGAUGGAAUUUAAAUAACUUCCCUCGGCUUCCGGGCUCUGUUUUAUCGUUUGAAAGUGGAGACAUUUCUGGUGUUCUAGUGCCAUGGUUGUAUGUUGGAAUGUGCUUUUCCUCCUUUUGUUGGCAUGUGGAAGAUCAUCAUCUAUACUCAUUAAACUAUAUGCAUUGGGGUGCACCAAAAAUAUGGUAUGGAGUUGCAGGGAAAGAUGCCUUAAAAUUAGAGGAAGCUAUGAAAAAAAAUCUGCCAGAUUUGUUUGAAGAACAACCGGACUUGCUGCACAAUCUUGUGACACAAUUUUCACCUUCUCUUUUACGGUUGGAAGGUGUACCUGUAUAUCGUUGUGUUCAAAAUGAAGGAGAAUUUGUUCUCACGUUCCCACGAGCAUAUCAUUCUGGUUUCAAUUCUGGAUUCAACUGUGCGGAGGCUGUAAAUGUAGCUCCUGUUGAUUGGCUGCUCCAUGGGCAGCAUGCCGUGGAGCUUUACCGCGAACAGGGACGCAGGAUAUCCAUAUCGCAUGACAAAUUGUUGCUGGGAGCUGCAAGAGAAGCCAUUAGAGCACAGUGGAAUAUUCUAUUCCUGAGGAAAAACACUCCAGAUAAUUUAAGAUGGAAAAAUCUCUGUGGACCUGGAAGCACACUGGUGAAGGCACUCAAGGAACGAAUUGAUAUGGAGCGAGCUAGAAGAGAGAAUCUUUGUUCUUCCCAGUCAGCAAAAAUGGACUCUAACUUUGAUACUGACUGUGAAAGGGAAUGUUUCAUUUGCCACUAUGACUUAUACAUCUCAGCUACCAAAUGUGAAUGUUCACCAGACAAAUAUGCGUGUCUUGUUCACGCAAAACAGCUUUGCUCAUGUGCUUUGACAAUGAGGUCAUUUUUGUUCCGCUAUGAGAUCAGCGAGUUGAAUGUCUUACUAGAUGCUUUAGCAGGGAAGUUGAGUGCAAUUCAUAGAUGGGGCCUUAUUGAUCUUGGAUUAAGUUUAAGCUCUCAUGUUACUAAAGAGAAAGCACAAGAGUGCAAACAAGUUCUUCCGGCUUGUAAAGAAGGAACAACGCACAAGGAUAACACAAUGGCUAAUCAAAAAAGGACCGUCAAUGCAAGAUGCAGUUCAUAUAAAGACUAUGAUGCAUCAAAGCUGCAACAUUUUGAAGGAAUAGAAGAGAGAAAAAGAAAAACUCAUGACAUGGAUAAGUCAACUGGUGAACAUGCUGAUGAUGCUUCAAAAUAUCUGUCAGUUGUAACAGAUCAAAACAGCAUUUUGAGUGGUCUAAAUCCUAGAGCAAAUGGAUGUUCACAUGCCCCUUCGGUGGUCUCUUCAGAGUCUCAACAUUCUUCCAAUAGCACUUUAAACCAUGUUAUUUUGCAAACCAAUUCUAGUGAAAUAACAGAGAUAAAAAGUACAAGCGUCUCAGUACUUGGCAACACCGAACCAAAAACCUGUUAUUUAUCUGGUGGAGGGGGCAUUGCACCAGUAGCCAAUGAAGUUAAAGAUGCAAAGAAAUCGUUAACAAAUAAAAUUGAGGAAGCAUCAUUUGUUUGCUCUGAAUCAUUGUCUAGGUUGUUGAAUUCUGAAGAUAAGGUGACAUCCUGCAGUUCUCACAAGGAUCAAGAUCUUAUCACCCCUCAGACAAAUGCAUCACUACUGAGUGAAAAAGAGAUCCACAUGCUACCUGUAAUGGCAACAUCAAGCAGUAAGAAUUUAAGCUCUAUAGAGCCUGAUGUCAAGAUGCAACAAAAGGUAACUUUCACUAAGUAUUCAUCCAAUAUACUGGAUCAACAAUUGUUGACGGUGCCUUUUGGCAAAGCGUCUGAAUGCCCUAAAUCUGCCAACGACAUCAUCACAAGCCCAUUGACAGAUCCUUCUUAUUUAAAAGAAACAAAUGGAGGUGAUUCUUCAAAAUUUCUCCAAAAUCAUCAAUUUUCUGGAGGUGAUGUGCAAAUAUAUGAAAGUAAAGGGAAAAUUGAAUCAAGUCCAGAGAAUAAUGGGGUAGACAGAAGAAAUCCAAUUGCAACAAGCUCAGCUUCUUAUCCACAAAAUAAUAUUGAUAAAUACUAUCUGCAACAAAAGGGCCCUCGCAUAGCCAAGGUGGUGCGGCGUGUUAAUUGCAAUGUUCAGGUGUUGGAAUAUGGUGUCAUGCUUUCCGGAAAAUUAUGGUCCACUAGUCAGGCCAUAUUCCCAAAAGGAUACAGAAGUCGGGUCAGGUACUUCAGUGUUCUAGAUCCAACACAGAUGUGCUGCUACAUAUCUGAGAUUCUGGAUGCUGGAUUGCUUGGGCCCCUAUUUAUGGUUGUAGUUGAACAAUGUCCAAGUGAAGUAUUCAUCCAUGUUUCUGCCACAAAAUGCUGGGACAUGGUGAGAGAAAAGGUGAAUGAUCAAAUUAGGCAGCACCGUGGUACAGGAAGGCAAAACCUUCCUCCCUUGCAGCCUCCAGGAUCUCUUGAUGGCCUUGAAAUGUUUGGUUUAUCAUCACCAAAAAUCCUUCAGGUGACUCAAAAUGAUCCUCAAGCAGUAUCAUCAAUUUCUUCAUUGCAGGCAAUUCAGGCGCUUGAUCAGGACUUCGUCUGCACCGAGUACUGGAGAUCUAGACCGAAGCCUCCAGCAGCAGAUACUCAGGCAAACUCCACGAACUCUCAGGAACAGAGACCUACUAAAAGAUGUCGAGGCAUUGGAGAAGACCCAUCGCAGACCGCUUCUUUUGUAUCCAUCAGAGGCCUCUUCAAGAAAGCUAACAUGGACGAGCUGCACUCUCUACAGACAGUACUAGGCAAUGAUCCAUCGAACAAAUCCAACCAAGAACUGAUGCAUACGGUCAACGAAGAAAUCAAGAGCCGUAACUUCCCUACAUAAAUCCGUAUCCGCGGUCGCCUAACUAAUUCGAUACUCAUUUUUCAUUGUUUUCCUUUUUGUAAUUUUCUACAGGCCAUUUGGGAAAUUAGCUGCACAAUGGUAGAAUACGUUGUAGAUAACGUUGAUAAUUCUUUGAGCAAUAUGAAGCCAUUGCCUUCUGUUCAAGGCUUGUGUA